CUUUGGUUUCUGUCUUCAGUCUGUCAGAGGAAGCAGAAGAGACGCAGCACUCUGUCUCUGCUCGCACCAACAUUUGCCCUCUGGAUAGUUUAAGACAGAAGAAAGAUUAACAGCUGGAAUAACUGAAAAAUAUGGAGGGAACCACAGACCAAGUUGUGACAGCAGCCUCUACAGCCAACAGCUCUGAAUUCCUGGACUCCAACUUUCGCUACAUGCUGUUCUCUGUUGUUUACAGCAUCUUCUUUAUUGUGGGCUUAUUGGCUAAUGUGUAUGUGCUGUUUAUCCUCCAAUGCCUGCGUGAUGCAAAGGGCAUGGGAGAGAUUGGCAUCUACAUGACCAACCUGACCAUUGCGGAUCUACUUUUUGUGUGUGCCCUUCCCUUCUGGAUCGGUUACUAUAGCCGUGGAGGCCACUGGAUUUACAAGGACUUCCUGUGUGGACUGACGGGUUCAUUCUUUUUCAUCAACACCUAUGGCACCAUCCUCUUUCUGGGAGCCAUCAGUCUGAACAGAUACUGUGCGGUGACUCAGCCUCUGAAUAUGACGGCUUGGAAUCACAGACGUCGCGGGAUCAUUGUGUGUGUUCUGAUCUGGCUGUGCACGGUGUCCAUGGCCAUUCCACACCUGACAUCAGAGGGGACGCACACUGAUAAAGACAACCUGACGCGAUGCUUUGAAGGCUACCACAAUGAAACGGACACAGAGAAGCGGAAGGUUGCUGUUACUCAUUUUUUAAUCAUUGGGUUGUUUUUCGUUGUUUUUUUCCUUGUCAUGGUGUGCAACCUCCUCAUUGUUCAAGCCUUACUCUCUCAAAAGCCUCCUCAAACAGAGUUACGAUCUGAAACAUUAAUUUCCAAAAAGUCCAACAAGACUCUGUCCUCCUCGGGGAGAAGACAGAGAGGGGUGAAACAACGAGCCUUGCAGAUGCUGCUGGCAGUGGUGGGUGUGUUUCUUCUGUGUUUCCUGCCUCACCAUGUAGUCCAAGCCCCCUGGGUGCUGGCGGUGCUGAAGAUCAAAGAAGGAUGGGGCCAUGUGGACUGGAACCAAAACACCCUUCAAACUUUAAAUGAUGCCCAUCAGAUCACAUUGGUUCUAAUGGGCCUCAACUGCAUUUUGGAUCCUGUGAUUUAUUAUUUUGCCACAAAGAAGUUUAGGAGGUUUAUUAUGGCACACCUGAAGAAGGUAGUAAAGGGAGAAGGGUGCUCCAACACACUCAACAUACAGAACUCUGUGGAGAGCAGAAAUCACAGCCAGAGACUGCAUAGUGUUCAACUGCAGCCCACCUUAGAACAACCCAAUCAAUCGUGAUGGGAGAAGAGACAAUAGAAUUUAGAUACAUUUGUACAAAUUCUCAUGAUGUUAAUAGAAAAACCUGUUGAAUGCUGUAAUUUAUUACAAAUUAUAGGUCUAGUAUGGAGUUUUAAGCUAGUCCCCUGGCAGUCUGUGAAUUUUUACUGUUAUGAAUUUAUGUUUCUACAUAUCUACUGAUCUGUUCUCAAUUAUAGUACUCAAUGGGAUCACAUUUUUAUGGAAUUUUAUGAAAUAACUCUUGCAUAUUAUCUUAAAAAUAACUUGUUUCCAUGUGUCAUCUUAUGCUCCAAGGCUGGGAAAUACAUGGAUGAAGCAAUAUUGUCUUUUACGUAUUGGCAGUUAAAAAUAUUCUGGUACUAAACAUCAAUGCUUCGCAAUAUGAAGGCGCUCCAAGCUAAUUUUUCUGUUUGUGAUUUAAUAUUACACCACUGAUGUCUCAAAAAAGUAUUGAGGUUUAUGUAUUUCAUAAGUCCUCUGAAGGAUUGGCAGCAUGUAAAGCCAGGGGGUACAGUAUCUGGGAUAGGCUCCAGGAACCCUGUGACCCUGACAGGGAUUCAACGGGUUCAGAAGAUAAAAAGAUCUACAUAUGGAUGAAUGGAUGGAUGGAGGGAUAGUAAUCAUGACUACAGGUACUUCCUAAAUCGUAAAGCUGACAUAGAAAUCGUUUUUUCAAACCUCAUCCUUUUCCCCAAUUUUUGUCCAUUUAACACCUUUUAUUUCUUUUCUCAUAUUUGUGUUUAUUGUAAAUAACUGUAAAUGGAUUUAUAUUUUACUGGGAUUUAUGUAUUUUUAAACAUUUUUACAAUUUUUUUCCUCAUCUUUGGAAAAUAAAAUGUGCUUCAUCCCAAAUACUGAAAACAGAUCUAUGCUCAUUAAGACUGAAUGACUGUAUUGAGUAAUGUAUGAGAACUAUUAGAAGAUUUGUAUGCUACUUUUUACGUACGUGAUGUAUUUUAUUUUUUGUAAAAAAGAAAAAAAACAUUCUGUGAUUACAUUUUUUUUACCAUUACUUUGGUUUUGAGUAUUAAUUUAAUACUACUUUCCUCAACCUUUUAGAUUUCACCUUAAAAGGUUGUUUGUAGUAAUUGUAAGAUGCUGUGUGACUGUUUAAAACAUUCUGAAAUAGAUGGUUGGAUUUAGCUUUGCUUGCCAACACAAAACCCAACCAUUUACACAGCUACAAGUAACAAGAAACAGACAUACUCUGCAUGCAGUAAUUAAGAAAAGGUGGAAACCCCCAAAAGUGGUGCAACUUUCUAGCUGUGAGGGAACAGUGUUUUCAGCCUCUCCCUUAUGACAGUUUAGUGAACUUUUCAGAGAUGGGCUGUGCAUUGCACCACUUGUGUACUUCCUUUUUAAAACAAAGCAGAAGUUUUGAGAGCAGAUGGACGGAAAUCACUUAGAAGGCUUCCUAAAAUGAGGGCAAUUUAAAAGGAGCUGUUUUCACAUUCAUAUGAUAAAAAGAUCUUUCUCAGAACAUACACCUAAAAUAAAUAGUUGUGCCAUUGUCAGUGUUUUCCCUGUACGAGUGGAAGUUGGGACAUCAGGGAACAAAGGUUUCCUGGAUUACAUUUCAUCCUUUCGUUGCCACGUCUAUGACUCAUGCAUGGUUAAUCAUUUGAUUCACAGCAGUAAAGAAGCCACUCCUGUAUUUUAUUACUUUUGUUUUGUGUUUAAGGUUGUUGGAGUUUUUUAUUAAACCAUAUUAAUAAG